AUGACGUAUCAGCACCCCAACUACUGGCGCUGCAGAAGCAACAGGUGCGGAAUAGCAGCAAAAUCUGGAGCAACCACAGAAGCCUUGCAGCUGAAGCGCCAGCAGCAGCAGCAGCGAGAAAUGGAUGUGAGCAGCAGCACGAGCUGCAGCAGAAGCAUCAGUAGUGACGAUGGCUCAUCUAGUGUCUCAUCUGAGGGAGAGGAGAGCGGGAGGAGGCCGGCAGCAGCAGCAGCGCCGGUGAGGCUUCAGCAACAGCAAGCGGAGCCACUGCAGCAGCUUCAGUGGCAGCAGCUGCAGCAGCAGCAGCUGCGGCAGCAGCAGCAGAAAGCGCAGCAACAGCAACAACAGCAGCAGAAGCAGGGAUUCUGGGCAGGCCUAGUCAGCGGCGGCACGAUUUCUUUCGGCAGCGCAGCUGCUGCUCCUCCUACAGCUGUGAAAGCAACAGCAGCGCCCGAAGCAGCAGCAGCAGCAGCAGCACAUAGGAAGAGAGCAUCAGCUGCUGCUGGAUUAGCAGCAAGAAGAACUACAAAGGCUGCAGGAGCAGCAACACCUCCUGAGUCAGUAGAGAGGCUCUCCGUGCUGCUGCAGCGUUCGCAGCUGCUGCAGCAGAAACGGCAAGAGCUGCUGCUGCUGCGGCAGCAGCGUAUUGCGCUAGAGAAGCAGCUGGAGAGACACCUGAGAGCAGCUGCUGCGGCGUCGGAAGCAGCAGCGGCAAGCCCAGCAGCAGAAGCGACGGCAACAAGCCCAACAGCAGCAGCGGCAGCAGCAGCAACAGAAGCAGCAGCAGCAGCAGCUAGCGGGUCGCGUGGAGCGGAAGCAACGAGCGCAGGGACUGAACACAUUGAAGCGUCGACGGAGGGGGCCCGCAGCAGCAGUAGCAGCAGCCGCAGUAGCAGCGGAAGCCCCGUCAAGUGCAGCAGCAGCAGCAAAGGGAGGAGCAGCAAAGCGAGCUGCAGCAGGAGCAGCGCUGCGGGGCGGCCGAAGAGCGUGGUGCUGCUGUGUCUUUCGUCGCUGUGCAGCAGCUGGCGGCGGCAGCUGCAGCAGCAGAUUCGGUGUUUGGAGUUGCUGCUGAUGCGGUACCGGAGCAGCAAGCAGCGCAUGGCAGCAGCAGCAGCGGAGCUGCAGCAGCAGCAGCAGGGCGUGUUCUGCCUGCGCAUCGGCAGGCUGCACGAAGUGGCGCAGCUGCUGCCAAUUGAGAACACAGAAAGCGGAAGAACUAUUUUGUCUUUAUCUCUUCCUUGCAUUCCUUUGAUAAUAGAAACUUUGAAAGACAAAAAGACAAAAAGUGAAUUCCCCCUCACGCUUUCUGCCGCUGCAGGCUUUGCUGCUAUGCUGCUGCUGCUCAUUUCCCGCUUCACAGCUACGCCGUUGGUGCACCGCGUGGUGGCGCGUGGGGCGCGUUCGAGUGUAUGUACACCUCAGGGGGAGCUGCCGCUGUACAUACGCGAGGGCGCGCCCCAGGCGGCGCAGCAGCAGCUGCAGCAGGGGCUGCUGCUGCUGCUGCAUGCAGUCGACGGCCUCGCAGCAGCAAGAGGACAUGCAGCAAAGCCUGCGUCCGAAGAAGACAUCUUGCAGCGGCUAGAGGCCCUCCUUCACAACGAAAUGUGGGGCUUCCAGGCGACACUCUAG